AUGCCCCCAAAGAAGAACGCUGGGCUUCAACGGCACACUGCCGACAUUGAUGUCACCGCCGUCCCGGCGCGAAGGCAGCGCGGGCGACCACGUAAAAUCAUGGAGGAUGCGCCCAUAGCUUCGCCCAGCUCUCAUCUACCCAAGCGACGUGGGCGUCCGACCAAAGUCAUGUCAGUCGAGCAAUCGCCUGCUGCAGUCCCUGCAGUCCCGGAGAAGCGUGAUCGACCCCAAGAGAAGGCCCAAGACGACUCGUCAAUCAUCUUGUUAGGCUACUCCAGGCCACCAAAUCCACAGAUGCAACCGGCAGAGAGCGCCCCAGAGAAACAUAGUAGAGGUUUACCAGUCAUUCCAGCCCCCGCGGUUCCCAAUAAGCGAGGCCGACCGCCGAAAGUUGCGCCAGGAUCGGAAGCUUCACCAGCUGAUUCGACUCCCCUGAUACCGCGAAAACGAGGUCGUCCGCGGAAAGCCAUCACCGAGAAGGAAGCCGCUGCUCCAGCCAUUGCAAUCGCGACGAUACCAAAGAAGCGCGGUCGCCCUCCAAAUGCCGCUCGGGUUGAAGAAUUUGGGAUAACCGCGGCCGUUCCAGUAUCCAUGGGCGCAAAGAAGAAAGGCCGGUCGCAGAAGCUCGUCCCAGCAAGUGAACAACCUCCACCAGUCGCGCUACCUAGGAAGCGCGGGCGGCCGCGCAAGGUACCCAUGCAAACUGAGCAGCCGGUCGAUCCAAUACGGGAUUUAGAUCCGGUAGCAGGGAAGCCUACUAAUAGGAGUGCAGCAUCUUCCAUGAUCAUUGUCGAUCCAUUCUCUAUCAGCAAGGAUGGGCGACCUGCGAAGCGCAGGAGAAUGCAUCAUGGGCAGAGACCACGCGCUGUCGAGUCUGUUCCCGAAGACGAGCGGCCAAGCUGGGGUACCAGAUUUGUUGAUGAACUUGGAGAGCAUGCUAAGAUAAGCGAUCAACGCGGUUCGCCGUCACGGAAGGAUACCGAUACGGGAGGUGAUGAGGUGCAGGCGGAUGUGGAGGUCGAUGAAGAUCUCGUAAUGGGCGAAGAUCAAGUCGUGAAUGUUCCCGGGGGCAUUCGUGCGGAGUUUGAGGACAGCGAGGACGAGACGUAUCAUACUCCAAAGUCGAGUGGAGUGAACCCUCGACACUACCAUGAAGACUCCGUCGUCAGCUUCUUCGAUCCGGACGUUGUAAACGAUGGAAGCUCACAGGCCGUGAUCUAUGAGGAUGUUGAUAUGGGCGCCAUCGAUGUUGCCGAGCAGGACGUCGAUGGGAUGCGACUCGCAGAAGAGGCGGGGAAGUUGUCGCAAGAAGAGGUCGUUAACCCGAGAGGCGUCCGUCGCGACCAUUGGCCAAACAAAAUCGAAUGCGAGAAGCGUCCCAUUUCCACCCCGCAAAGAUCCCGCGAAAUUCCAGAGACUCAGGAAGAACAGAUGUCGCCCAGAAACUACCACCAGCUUGCGGAGGUCAGCCAAACUGUGCCAGAUACAGCGCGAACAGCGCAAACCGCCACGACCAGCGUCCAAGCGAAUUCAAUGCCCUCACAAACCUUGCUAAACGACAUCGACCGCCAGACUGCCUUUUUGUCAGUCCCAACGGCACCGCUCCAUCCAGUAUACUUAAGAUCUCCGCAGUACCUCCAGAUCGCCGUACCAGACAUCGAUGCCGCAGCUCAUCGGGGGACGCUGAUCGGGCCUUUGGUUGUUCAGCACGACGAGUAUCGAUAUCGCAUUACAGUGCAUGUAGUGCGAGAGAAGAGACCUGAUAUCGCGUAG